UGAAACAUUCGGCUACUACGUGCGUCCAGUCAGAGAGUUUGUUUUGAAAUGGGGAAGUCAAGUUUUGUAACAACCCAAUAGGAGGAAGGAAAACAGCAGCUUCACAUUACAGUUGGUCGAAUCACCAGAUUUCUUUUACAAAUCUAUAAGAAUGCAACUAGCCAGCUAAGCAACUAGUUAGUUAGGUAGCGGUCGAAAUUUAAGCAAUUGUUACCUGGAGGAAAAUGGGGGAGGGUUUAGUAUUUUCUUGUAUUUAGUCCAGUGGAGGGUCAUGUAAUUUGUAAUCGAUUUAUAUGUCAAUAUUUGUCAGCAUUUUGGAAUGUACGUGUUGAAUUCGGCUAUGUAACUUUGGUGUACAACCCUGCUCUCUCUCGUUCUCCUCGCUGAACUCGGCUGGGUGGGCACUUAGCUUUCCAUCGGCUUUUCGAUCAGACCCUCUCUGUGCUUGGUGUAUCAGAACGUGGGCAUGUAGAGUAUCUGGUGAAUCAAAUGGUGCUUGUAGUGAUGACGUAGGGAGCUAGCGCACAAUAAGAACGACGGUAGAAAUGCUGCAUUCAAAACAACUGGGAACUCAGAAAUCUCAGACUUCGGUGCAUUCAAGACAACUCGGGAAAAGGGGGAGCUCCGAAUGGGGAAAAUAGUUUUGAAAGGUCAUCCAACUCCGAAUUCAAAGUCGGAAACUCAGGAAUCUUGCUAGAGUUCUGACUUUCCGACCUGAAGAUCACUGACAUUAUUUGCCUUCUUUUGUGUGUGUGUAUUGAGUUCCCAGUUGUCUUGAAAGCGCCAAAAAACUCUGGUGUAUCACAACAACACGCAUGGCGUUGCACAAUUAUGGAAGGACCACAGCUCGUGAAACAUGUAUCUUCACGACAAUGUACAGGUUUCUUUGCGGUCUCUGUCCGCUGAAGAGAGUCUAGAAAAGUGUAAUAGAAUUUUGGAGUUGAAUGGAGAUGGUACCUCAAUGUGGAAAAACGUGACGGGAUAAAAUCAGGUGGCAGUAACUGAACGAGUCAACUCUUCAAAAGACAGACAACUAGUUUUCUGAACGGCGUGUGAGAUAGAUUUCCUUCCACACAGCAACAAUGGCAGCCUCCAACACCAAUGUGAUACGGGUGCGAUUGUAUUUUGAUUACCCGCCGCCCUCGGUAUCCGACUGUCGCAUGUGCUGGGUCCUCGUGGAUCUGAACAAAUGCCGGGUGGUAGCAGACAUAGCCAGCGUGAUCAGGGAAAAGUUCGACUUCAGUCGCAGGAGCAUUUUGAGUCUGUUCAUUGAAGACUGCUACCUGCCGCACACAGAGAGCAUCUACGUAGUCCGAGAUAACGACAGCAUCAGAGUGAAGGUGGACACCCUAACCCUUUCCAAUGGAAGUCAGUCGAACACAUCUGUUGUGAAGUCCAAGAAGAGGAGGAGAGAUGCUGAGGAGGAGGAGGAGCCCACCCAGAACCGAGUGAGUGAAGAGUGGAGGAAGAAGAAGAAGAAGAAGAAGAAGGAGAGUCAGGAGGCCGAUUCCAACCCGGCUGCGGUUGAAGAGAGGAGGAAAGAAGACAAGCAGAAACAGAAGAAGAAGAAAAAGAAAGAUAAGGUGGCGACCAAAACCACUGCCUCGUCCACAGGACCCUCUCCCACCUCGUCCACAGGACCCUCUCCCACCUCGUCCACAGGACCCUCUCCCACCUCGUCCACAGGACCCUCUCCCACCUCGUCUACAGGACCCUCUCCCACCAUAGUCAAAGCGGACCUAAACACCAAGAAGGCUCCAGCAGCCACAGCUGUAUCUGUUAACGGUAAAGCCACAGCAAAGACCCCGAAUGGGGAAACGGACGACUCUUCUGAUUCCAGUGAAAGUAGUGAGGAGGAGGCCCCCAGUAAAACCCCCAUGCAGAAACUACCCCCAAAUCACACUCUGCUAGCUCUACACCCCCUGUCACAUCUAAAGCCACCCCUGUAG